AUGGCCACAUGUAUCACGGAUUACGAAGCAGCUGGAUUCGUGGGGGUUUGUGGCCAGUUGUUCUUCAUCAGCUCCAACGACGACCACGAGGGCUACAGGUAUUCCCCGUUGGAGGUUGGCCAUGUUUUCACGACUGAGGAGACGAUGUACCAGCUAGGCGCUGGCAACAACGAUCCCCAGUUCGCUCCAGACGGUGGCAUCGAGAUUAUUGGGGGUGAUGCAGAAACGAAUCUGGUCACGUUGCAAGACGGCUCCAGUAGGCUGCGCUUGCAGAUGAGAGGUGGCGAGUACUCUACAGCCAAAAUCUCCCGUGGCAACUACCUCACUAUGUGGCUGGAGCCUUUAACAGCGUGGCAACUGCCUGAGACGUGUGGAGAUCGAACAACUGCAAAUUUGGAAACUGGCAGCAUCCGCAUCCAUUGUUUCGUCAUCAUCGGCAAUUUUCGCCGGUGUGGUGAAGUGGCCAGCUGCGCUGGGAUCAAGGUUGUUCCAUUCGCGGAGCAGGUUCCCAUGCUUCGUAUCCAAAUGCCACCGAACAUGAACGACCUCUUCGGCUCGCUGAUCUAUGAGAUGGACGUUUACAGCCUCAAGCUGCCUGCUUCUGGCGCACUCCCCCACAAGCUGAUGGUGCAACUGAUGAAGGAGGAUGGCACGAAACCGCAUUUCAGGGUGGCAACGGGCCGUUUCUACACUGCGCCGACACGCGACUUUGCGACCAUCGGGCGUGUGCUCAGCGCACCACAGAUGGGCCUCGAGCCGUUCGAAGGAGUGCAAAGUCACAUUCUGUAUGUGAUGCUUCAACUGGCAGUGCCGCUACGUGGGCAGGACAGGACCAGGCCAGCACCGAAUGCUCGCCCCGGCUCCUCCUUCGUCAUAAGGGCCCCACCUGGCUUUCGGAUGCUGCAAGCGGUGGAGGUGAAUCAUACAGGUGGGGACCUUGGGAUGGUGACUUUGACACCGGAUGGAGAUGCGGCAUCUCGCCUGAACAACACGAUGCCGCAACCUGCACCAACGGGCUUCGGCACGCCGGACCUUCGGGGUUGGUCGAUGCUCGGCGAGGAGGCCACCUACUCGCUGCUCGACCGGUCGCUGAUCCCUUCCAUGUCCUCACUGGUGGUGGGCUUGCGCGUGUACCCCGGCAACACCAGCAUGCCCAUCACCAACACGCUGAACCUGUGGUCCGUGCAGGUCUUCUCUCCCGGAGACCACAAUCUUACGGUGGUGAACUUUAGCGCGAAGUUCUAUCGCACAGGCCUCGGUGGUGUGCCAGUGCUCGGAAGACUGGAGAAUGCCUUGAUCCAACCAUUGGAUCCCAUGGUUUCCCCAAGCGCAAGCCAGCCGACGGUACAGUGGCUAAGUGUCUUCUUCCGAGCGGUGGAGGAUGUUAACGCCGGUGGAUCCAUCGACGUCGAGGCACCUCGCGUCUUCGACUUCGGUGCAGCCUGUCAAGCCGUCGACUUGACCGACGCGUACUAUGUGACGGGUCCAGUGCCUUCAGUACAUCGUCUUCCCGAGAUUGUUCGCUGCGAAAGUCUCCGGAGUGGCGAUACCGCGACAGGUCCGUACAAUGUGGCGCGAAUCUACAUGGAGGGCCCGCUGAAGGGCGUGAAUAUCUACGGCUUCUCAAUCACUGCAAGAAAUCCGACGCUGAAUGAAGUUUCGCAGAUUCUCUCGCUGAAUGAUCCGUGGUCUGAUGUGGACUGGAACAUUACAACGCGUGGGCCGGAGGGAUCUCCAGUUUGUGCGACUUAUGGGGGUGCACCUGGUGCUGCAGAUGGCAGUGGCUCCUGGCGGCUUGUGAACAAGUCGAUUCCGCCGAAGGCUUCUGUGAAGCUUUGGCAACACCAGGCCCUGCCAUUGCAGUCAGGGACUCGGCAUCCCUUCACAUUACCGUGGCAUCAGAUCUCAUGGACCUGGACCGAGCUGAUUAUGCUGCAGUCGAUCUGUGCAUGUGUACUUCCCAUUCGAUUUCUUGGGGGGUUGCUUUCAAGCUUGGCUGGAGUCAUGAGCCAAUGUAGGGCACCACAAGUGCUGACAACAAGUACCGCAGCAUGCCGCCCCCCUGCGAAGCAGCAGCACUAG